GCUAUCACUAAUUUUUCGUUUAUUGCGUUAUCGAUAGCAAAACAUAUGUUUUGCCUUUCCGAUUGUCGCCAGCCGGGGGUGUGAGUGUAAAAUGCAUAGGUAUUUGUUGAACAUUUCUUACAUUGGCACGACUUUUCGUGGCAUUCAAAAGACGGUAAACAAAGCGGAGCAACCCCGUCUGGAUACAAAUACCGUGCAAGGUGCCUUGGAGUUGGCGUUGCGCGUUUUUCGCCCUACCAACGAAAUUCAAACGGUGCUCUCCAGUCGCACAGAUGCGGGCGUUCAUGCCCUGCACUCGACCAUUCAUGUGGAUUUGGAACGCAGUGAUGGCAAACCCUAUGAUACGACGACAUUGACUGGAGUGCUGAAUCGAACGCUGGACAAGCACAACUUGCCCAUUCGUGUAUUGAGUACUCUCCGCGUGGCAGACACAUUUCACUGCAGAUAUCACGCAAUUGGUCGCACCUAUCUGUACCGUGUGGCGGUGGCCAAGAAUCCCACAGAGGUAACAGAGGAAGAAACGAGUAAACGAAGCAGUCUUAAGAACAAGGGCUACGAAGUCUUCCUGCCCGUGGAUGAGCUUGAUCGUUGCUAUUUUCUACAAAGCGAGAACUUCAAUGUAGAGCAAUUAAGGGAGACAGCUCGCAUGUUCGUCGGUGUCCACGAUUUUCGUACCUUUAUGAGCACCAGCCGACAAAAGACUCCUAGUCGCGACCAUCCCAUGUUUACAGUUCGCAAAAUCGAUGAGAUCAACAUACGUCCAGGUCGAAGUUUAGCACUUGCACAAAACGGUGUCUUGGCAACUGAGACCUACGACUAUUGGGAUAUAGAGAUUAAGGCCAGGUCAUUUCUGUACAAGCAAGUUCGUCGCAUAGUGGGCACGUUGCUUGCCGUUGCCAACGGACGCAUCGAUCGGCGUGUCGUCUAUCAAAUGCUAACGAUUCCCUCCAAGCACAACUGGGAUCAUCGUGUGCUCGUUGCACCCGCUUGUGGCCUUUAUUUGUGCGGUGUGCAUUAUAGGGAAACGGCAUUUGAGUUGCCUGAUCAUACGAAGAGUCAAUAA